CAACGACCAGAAACGAAGUUGUGCGCGCGCGCGCAUGCAUCUGGACGGAAUCACAGAAACGCAGCAGAGUUCCCGGUUGUUGGAGGACAUCUAAAACACCUUAAGACAUUUGACUGAUUUUCAUAUACCUUAUUUUUUUCUCUCUGACAUUUUUUAAAAUAUGAAUGAAACCCUGAGAAGUGGAUGUGGAGAGGAUUAUUUAUGAUUUUUUACACGUUAUAAUGCAUUUAUACAUUUGUAUAUGAAUUAUGUCAGGGUGAUUUGUAGGCGACACAUGCACAGCACCUCAUCUGAAGAAAAUUAAGCGAUUCAUUUUGAUGAAUGAGAAGAACUUAGAGCGCAUUCAUGAGAGUCCGGCAAACUUUGCGAAAACUUUUUCUCCGCGUGGAUCGGAACCGGAGCUGACCGCAUCCCCUCUGGUGGACGACCGAGAAGACUUCAAGCCAAGAUGAAGUGUCAGAGAGUCCUAACUUAUUUGAGGAUAUGUGGGACCACUAUGUUUGGUGUGUCUCUCCUUGUGGGCAUCUCCACUGCCUACAUCAUGGGCUACCAGUUCUUCACUACCGCCCAAAAUCACCUUUCCUUUGGCUUGUAUGGGGCCAUAUUGGUUGUCCACCUCAUUAUUCAAAGCCUUUUUGCACUCCUAGAACACAGAAGGAUGCGUCGUUCCUUAGAGACACCAAUCAAACUAAAUAAAUCCUUGGCACUGUGCAUCGCAGCAUAUCAAGAAGACCCAAACUACCUAAGGAAAUGCCUAGUUUCAGUGAAGAGGCUGACGUAUCCUGGGAUAAAAGUGAUCAUGGUAAUCGAUGGAAACUCUGAAGAAGACUUGUACAUGAUGGAGAUUUUUAAAGAGGUCAUGGGAUGGGACCGAUCAGUCACAUACGUGUGGCGAAGUAAUUAUCAUCACAGAGGCCCAGAGGAGACUGAUGAGAGCUAUGCUGAGAGCCUCCAGCAGGUCUCCAGACAUGUGCUUAACAACAAGUGUGUGUGCAUCAUGCAGAAGUGGGGAGGGAAGAGAGAAGUCAUGUAUACAGCCUUCAAAGCACUGGGAAGGAGCGUGGACUAUGUUCAGGUGUGUGACUCUGACACCAUGCUGGACCCAGCAUCAUCAGUUGAGAUGGUGAAGGUUCUGGAGGAAGACCCUAUGGUAGGAGGUGUCGGAGGAGAUGUACAGAUCCUAAAUAAGUACGAGUCAUGGAUCUCCUUCUUGAGCAGCGUUCGAUACUGGAUGGCCUUCAACAUCGAGCGGGCUUGCCAAUCCUACUUUGGUUGUGUUCAGUGCAUCAGCGGGCCAUUAGGAAUGUACCGAAACUCCCUGUUGCACGAGUUUCUUGAAGACUGGUACAAUCAGACAUUUAUGGGGUCCCACUGCAGUUUUGGGGAUGAUCGUCAUCUCACCAACAGGGUUCUCAGCCUUGGUUAUGCAACCAAAUACACUGCUAGGUCCAAGUGCCUCACUGAGACUCCAGUUACAUAUUUGCGCUGGUUAAAUCAGCAGACUCGAUGGAGUAAGUCGUACUUUAGAGAAUGGCUCUACAACUCCAUGUGGUUCCACAAGCAUCAUUUAUGGAUGACUUAUGAAGCUGUGAUCACUGGCUUCUUCCCAUUUUUUCUCAUUGCCACUGCAAUUCAACUCUUCUACCAAGGAAGGCUCUGGAAUAUUUUGUUGUUUCUACUUAUUGUUCAAGCAGUGGCACUGAUCAAGUCAUCUUUUGCAAGCUGCCUCAGAGGCAACAUCGUCAUGGUGUUCAUGUCGUUCUAUUCUGUACUGUACAUGUCCAGCCUGUUGCCGGCAAAAAUGUUUGCCAUUGCAACUAUCAACAAGUCAGGCUGGGGGACCUCUGGAAGGAAAACUAUAGUGGUGAACUUUAUUGGUCUUAUUCCAAUAUCUGUCUGGUUCUCAAUCCUUUUCAUUGGGAUUAUAUACACAGUAAUCCAGCAGACAAGAAAACCCUUUCCCGAAUCAGAGAAGAUUGUUCUGAUCAUUGGGGCAGUGGUCUAUGCCAGUUACUGGGUCAUGCUGUUGACGCUAUAUACCACACUCAUAAACAAAUGUGGGAAGAGGAAGAAGGAAACACAUUUUGAUAUGGUGCUGGAUGUUUGACAUAGAGACAAUACAUAUCAUGUACCACGAACUCUUGUUUUUGUUUACAAAGGAUUGCUUUCUGUCUCUUUAUUUUAUUUUUUUAAUAAAUUCAGAACAGCUCUGGAUGUCAAACUGGUUGAUUUCAACCACUUUAGACUGCAGUGACUGUAAUUCCUGACUUCAAUAUAUAGAUGAUGAUUAAGUAAAAGUCAAUGCAGAGUAAUUCAAAAGAUGAUUAAUGGUUAGUCGGUACAGAUAAAGGCACGCUACCAUGUAAUUUUUUUCUACAAACUGCUUUUAAGUAGUAAUACUUCUUUUUAAAUUAAACAUAAAUAAAGAAAUGAACCUACUUGUAACCAACUUUGAUAACUUUGAUAACAUUUACCAGUGGGUUUAGGUGCCUUGUGGUUGACACAAAAAAAGUAUUGGACCUAUUAUUUAUUAGCUACCUCUGGUUGUUGUCAUUCUCACUGGGCUUCAUCAAAGAUUGCGGUUUAGCAGCCAUAAAAACUGUCGAUGUUUUCAGCCUCUGCUGCUCGGUUUACGCUCUAGCUUGUUUUGUUCACACGGCGUGUGUCUUGGAAAUUUUUGGACACCCUUACUGAGCUAAAUAAAAUACAAUUUCCCAAUAAAGGAAAACCGAGAAGUGGGCUAGUCUAAUGACUCUACAGCUUGAAUGAUUGUAAUCAGUAACCAGCCUUCUGUAAUCAGUGUUAUUUCAGUCAUGAAUACUGAAAGAAACACUGUCGUGACUGUAUAAAUGCCAUAAACUAGUGACGAAAGCCACUUUAGGUCUGUUCAUCGGAAGUAUCUGCUUUAGGGGGUCAGCCCUUCCUGAAAUUCCACAAACAGGACAUUUUGUGGGCACAGUGCCACUUAGGGUACUGUGCUAUAGGUGGGAUGGUGUGACCCACACUUUGGGCCUAUAAAACUCUCCCACUCGUUUGAAGGCAACAAAUGUCACAACUGGAACUGGCAGGAGAAUCAAAUAGUUACCUUGAUUUGUUUCUCCAGAGAGCACUUCUCGUUUGUGAUAGACUUAAAUGUAGAGUGAUAUUUAUUGUUUAGUGACAGUUACUGCUAAUCUGUAGCUGUCAUUUACAAGUGAUUAUUGAAAGUGUUGUUUUUCGAUGGUUUGUUCCCUUUUUUUUUAAGCGAAUGCAAACAUUUGACGAGAAUUAGGAAUGUGAGACAACAGAUAGAGAAUGUCAGUAGUUACAGUAUUCUCAGUAUUAUUUCUUCGGUGUCGGUGAGUAUGAUCUUCAUUUAAUCGGAUGAACCUACAACCACACACCAGGGAUCAUUUCACCGCUGCUGUGACUCUUUAUUUGCAUAAAAAUCAAGAAUGUUUUAAAGUUGGUUGGGUGGAAAAUCCGUCCAAAGAUUUUGUUUUGCUUUGUUUCAUUUCAUCUUUCAGUGACUGGGUAAGAGGGAAUUUUGUAACACGUUUUGGCUUCUCUGUACUAUGAGACCUGCAAAGAGAAGAAUAAAUGUGGGAGACAAUGUUUUCUUUGAUGUGGAUAAAUGUCCUACUUGUUAAUGGGAAUAUGAACGAAGGCACAUUUUAGUAUUAAAUUAAACCAAUGUUUGCUAUUGACCAGGUGUCAACAUGAGUUCAAAUAUUAAGCACUUUUAUGUUUCUCCCAUUUUCUGCAUCAUGCUUGACAUAAUUAAGAUGAAAUACCUCAGUAUGUUCUCUUGACUUUGCAGUACAAUGUCAAGGACGCUGUCGAUUCUGAAAUGUUUCAUUAAUUUAUUACUCAUUUGUCAAGCUGAGUGCAAAACUGCCUCUUUACUGGUAUAAAUCUACAAUGUUUUGUGAAUCCGAGCCGGAUAUUUUUCUGCUUUGGUGGUUCUUUGAUGUAGUUGUUUACAAAUUUCUAUUUUAUGCUUUAAUGCAUUUCGACCCAAAGACAGUUUGUUCUAUUUUUGUCUAUCUGCCAAAGAUUUUGUAUUUUUAUUCAUGUUUUUAGAAGAAAAAAAUGUAAAUGUUGUGCUUAAAACUGUUCCAACGGUGACUUGUAUAUUUGACCAAACAAUGUGAAACUAUGAGUUGGAAAUUAUGUCUGUGAUAACAGUGAAAUGCAAUUUGUUUGGAUAAAUUAUUGUUUUGUACUUGAUAAUUAAAACUGCAUAUUUAUUUAAAACUGGUUUAAGAAAAGCACUCUCCCUGCUUUUCAAAUUCCAAAUAUAAAGACAAUUAGAAAAAAAAGUUAAAGUAAAUUCUUAGUUGUGUAACAUAAACUACAUAUCAACAUAAUUGUUUGCUGUGUGAAACUAUAAUAUGACAUAAAGAUGCUCUUUGUUUGCAGGAAGAUGUUUUGGGUUUAAAUCCUUCCGCUGGUUCUCGUAUACUUGUUGUCCUUGUGGCGUCGGAAACACGCAUCUGGGGAUGAAAAAAGGAAUUGGGUGCAUGUGUAUGUGUCUGUCAGUUACCUGUCCCAGGUGUACCAAAUGGGGGGACAAUGGAAUCCCAGAGUUUAACUUCAGUUUUUUGCACAAUAUUCAAUAAAGACAUUAAUUUCAAACAUUCUGAAUAAAAAUAAUCUCGCCAACUGUUUCACAAAAAUGUUGAUUUGUUCAACGAGUGACAAUGUGUUUGAAAAUUUACAGAGAAAUCACACAUGAAAACUUGUGAUAUUUUGAUCCUUUUAAGUUUGUCUAAACCCCCAAAUUAGGAAAACUGAAAUACAAAAUGAUUCAGUCAGUAGUGGUGAGAUGCAUUUUUUUGGUUGUACUAAAAUUGUUUUGUUAAAGUUCUUGAAUCCAUUUAUUUCUCAAAGUUUUCAUGUAUAUACUUUUAUUUACGGUCUCAUUCCCAAAUAAAGCUGCUAAUGUAUAAUUA